UGUCACAGUUUUUUGGAGUUGAUCAAGUUAAACCUGUGAAUUAGUCCAACCAAAAUGCACGGUCAAUGAUAAUCAAGUUCUCUAGAAAACAUUUUCAUUUGUUAUAUAUGCAGUCAAUUGUUUUAGUAUAAGAAGUAAGAACCACCUAGUAUUCCUUCAACAAAAAAAAAAAAAAAAAAAACAGAACCACCUAGUAUGUGUCUUAUUUCAUCAAAAAAUUUCAGUUUAAAAUAUUAAGAUACAAAAUUUACAAACUGUAUCUUAAGUCUUAAUAUUUCAUCCAAAUUGUAUCAUACAAUGGUGUUUGUGUGGUCUCUUGUUUUUUUAGUACAAUUUCUUUUCCUUUAUUCAUCAUUCGCUUUCGCAUGUACUACUUGUCUUUCUUUCAUUCAACCGAUGCAAUGUAACGAUGAGGAAAGUCAUGCCUUGUUGCAAUUUAAGGAAGGCUUUGACAUCAAAAAGUUUGCAUCUGUGAAUCCUCUCAGUUAUCCUAAAACAACAUCUUGGAAUGCAAGCAAAGAUUGCUGUUCAUGGGAUGGCAUUAAAUGUGAUAAGCACACAAAUCGAGUAAUUCGCGUUGAUCUUAGGAGCAGCCAACUCUAUGGUAAAAUGGAUGCAAAUAGCAGUCUUUUUCGCCUUGUACACCUUCGAAGUCUUGAUCUUUCUGAUAAUAACUUCACUUACUCUCAAAUCCCGCCCACGAUAGGUGAGCUUUCACAACUAAGAUAUCUGAACCUUUCUCGUACUAUAUUUUCCGGAGAAAUUCCACCACAAAUUUCAAAGUUGUCCAAUUUGUUGUCUCUUGAUCUAGGCUUAAAUAUUGAUAUAUCAAGUCCUAGAAGUAGUGCAGUUAAUUUGUUGCAACUUAAAUCGUCUAUUCUCAGAGGCAUAAUUCAAAACUCAACAAAACUUGAGAUGCUUCAACUUAGUUAUGUGACAAUUUCAUCUACUUUACCUGACACACUCACAAAUUUAACUUUGUUGCAAGCACUAUCUCUUUGUAGUUCUGAAUUGCACGGUGAAUUUCCGGUUGGAGUUUUUCAUCUUCCAAAAUUGAAAUAUUUAGAUUUGAGAUAUAAUCAUAAUCUCGAUGGUAAAUUGCCCGAGUUUCAGUCUAGUUCACUCACACAGUUAGAACUUGAUGACACCGGUUUCUACGGUACACUACCAUCAUCCAUCGGAAAGCUUAGUUCUUUAAAAAAGCUAUCAAUUUCAGGUUGUCAUUUUUAUGGUAAUAUUCCUUCUUCACUUGGCAACCUCACACAACUCAUCUAUAUAAGCCUCGAAUACAACAAAUUUAGAGGCGACCCUUCUGCAUCGCUAGAAAACCAUACCAAAAUAAGCGAAUUGUAUGUUGGUUAUAAUGAAUUUACUAUUGAGACUAUCUCAUGGAUUGGUAAGUUUUCAUCCAUAAUUGGCUUAGAUAUAUCCUCAAUAAAUGUUGGUAGUGAAAUCCCUUUAUUUGUUGCAAAUCUCACCAAGCUACAAUAUUUAAGUGCACAAAAAAGCAAUAUAAAGGGUGAAAUUCCAUCUUGGAUAAUGAACCUAACCAAUUUAGCAUACUUGAACCUUGCACAGAAUAGCCUUCAUGGUGAAAUUCCAAACUCUUUGUUUAGACUUGAGAAUCUUGAAAGGCUUUCGCUAUGCAAUAAUUUGUUGCAUGGAAUGGUAGAACUUGACAUGUUUCUCAAGUUCAAAAAGUUGACUGUUCUAAAUUUAUCAUUUAACAAAUUUUCAUUGCUGAGUGGAAAAAGUUCUUCCAAUGUGACCAAGUCUCGAAUCCGUGUCUUACAAUUGGCUUCUUGCAAUUUGGUUGAGAUCCCGACAUUUAUAAGAGAUCUCAAUGAUUUGGAAUGUCUUAUGUUGUCGAACAACAAUAUAACAAUGCUACCGAAUUGGUUGUGGAGAAAAGCAAGUCUAAUAAGCAUAACUAUUUCCUAUAAUUCAUUGACAGGACAAAUAUACUCAUCCAUAUGCAAUCUCAAAUCACUCGUGCGUCUUGAUUUAUCAUUCAACAACUUAAGCGGCAAUGUUCCCUCAUGUCUAGGGAAUUUUAGCCAAAAUCUAGCAAUUCUUAUGCUAAAAGGGAACAACUUGUCAGGCCUCAUUCCUCAAACAUACUUGUUGGGAAAUUCCCUUCAGAUGAUUGAUUUCAGCAACAACAAUCUUCAAGGCCAGUUGCCAAGAACAUUGGUCAAUUGUAGAUGGCUAGAGUACUUUGAUAUUCGACAUAACAAUAUCAAUGAUUCAUUUCCAUUUUGGCUAGGAGAUUUACCUGAGUUGAAGGUACUGGAUUUAAGUCAUAACAAAUUUUUCGGAGACAUUGAGUGUUAUGGGAAUGUGACAUGCACAUUUCCUAAGCUUCACAUCAUUGAUCUUUCACACAAUGAAUUCUCCGGCAAUUUUCCAACAGAAAUGAUCCAAAGAUGGAAAGCAAUGAAAACUUGCAGCACAAGUCAAUUACAGUAUGAGCAAGAAGCUUUUUACUUCCAAUCUUUGAAUUUCAAAGGGUAUUGGACAGAAACAGAUCCUUAUUCAUUCACAAUAUCGAACAAAGGACUUGUGAUGGUUUAUAACCGGCUGCAAGAGUUCUUCAACAUGAUAGCCAUUGAUUUUUCAAGCAACAAAAUCAACGGAGAGAUACCACAAAUCAUAGGUGAAUUGAAGGGUCUUGUUUCGCUCAACUUGUCGAAUAAUAUCCUUACUGGAAACAUUCCUUCUUCCUUGGGGAAACUUUCAAACCUUGAAUCACUAGACCUUUCUUUGAACAAACUUUCAGGGAAGAUUCCUCAACAGCUGACACAACUCACCUUUCUCGAGUUCUUUAAUGUCUCAUUCAACAAUCUCUCAGGCGCUAUACCUCAAAAUAAUCAGUUUGCAACGUUUCUAGACAAUUCAUUCGAGGGUAACAAAGGUCUGUGCGGGGAUCAGUUGUCACAUAAAUGCUUAGAUCAUGCAAGGCUUUCAUUUUCUUCACCUUCUGCUUCUGAUGAUGAUGAUGACGAUGACUCGGGAUCUUUAUUUGAAUUAGAUUGGAAAGUAGUUCUGAUUGGGUGUGGCAGUGGUUUUGUUGUUGGAGUUGCAUUGGGAAACACUUUCUAUCACCAGGUACUUGGGUUGCUUAAAAGAAUCUUCUGAGUUGAAAGCAAAAAACAUCUGUUUCUUAUGUAUAUAAGAUAAACGCUUAUCAUAUUAGUGUUUAUGUAUAAGCUAAUUCUACGAUAAAAGAUAAAAUAAAGCCAAAUUGUACGUGUGUAUAUAAGAUAUGCGCGAUACUGCUACUGUAACAUAGUAAAUAUAGUUUCCUAUUCAUUGUAGUUGAUUCCAUUUCCAUCAUAUACCAUUAGACAAAAAAAGUUAAUUAUAGACACAGUCUGAUUAAUCAGUAGAGAAUUUUUCUGUAUAUACUAUUACUACUCCAGCUAAAUGUGCUCAUCAUUUCAAAGUGAUAGCUUAUCAUAUAAUGUAUGGAAGCCAAAAUACUAAUAAAGUGUGACAAA